UCAUCAAUGAAAACUCGCUAGGAGAAACCGUCUGAAAAUUGAGUCACGAAAAAUCAACAUCGAAGACAACAAAGUUCUCAUUGUAUGAGAUAGACAAAGAUAAAUAUAGUGUCUCUGUCUCUGUCUGAAACAUCCAUAGCAUAUCACGCAUGUACAGAACGAGAUCCUUUUCUUGUCUUCCAUGUUGAUUUAUCACGACUCAAUUUUCGAACAGUUCCUUCUAUACAUUUGGUUUCGGUAGAAAUCAAGUGUGUCGAUCGAGUGUCAACGUCGAGUCGAAGUCUGUUUAUAUGAUCGUGCUUUCGCAGUAUAUGAGUUUAUAUGAUCGUAAUAUGAAUUAUUAGUGAAGACUAGUAUUUUUGGAUUCUACUUGAAUUUUACAUUUUGUAAGAAAUUAUCAUAUAUAAAAAGAAGUUACAAAUUCGGUGUGCUCAAAACGAAGUUCAGCCGCCAUAUCAGUUACAAAUAUGUAAGACAGAAUUAGCUGAUGAAGUCUUUGAUUUUGUCAAAUAUCCUUCUUAUUUCUUGUUUAUUAAAGUAAAAAAUAACUUAUGGUCUAAAAUGUCUGAGAGAACUUUCUAAAGUACUGAUAUUUCAUAUUUUUCAUACUCACAUUUAAGCUGAAAAAUGACCAGAAUAAUUAAACACAUAUAUUCUUGUAACUACUAAUAAAUUUGGAAUAAACAUUGCCUUUUUCUAUCCUACUGAAUAUAAUAAUAGGAUAAAUAUAUAAUACUAUCAUGGCGGGACGUGGCAGGGGAAGAGGUAAACCUUCCAUGUCAAUCAGUACGGAACAAUUAGGCUUUGCUAAAGGAGAAGCAUUACCUCCACCAGUCUUACAACCUCCAUUAAAAUAUCCUCUUCUAGAAUAUAAACCAUUGCCUUUAAAUAUUACUAAAGAAAUGAGCUAUUUGUUGGAAUUAAAGAAAGGAUAUGCAGAAUAUAUGAGAGAAUCGCCUAACAAUGUUUUGCCUUUAGUAAUUAAAAAAGAUAUUGAGAGGUAUUCAGAUCGAUAUCAAGACUUGAUUACUGAUAAAAGUAGUUAUGAGAGUAGAUAUGAUUGGAGCAGAAUGCCUGUAGAAUUAAAGCCUCAAUUACGAAAGCGUAAAGGACAAAAAUGUGAGAACCUACAGACAAAACGUAAGAACGUUGAUAUAGAGUCAAAGUUGCAAGAAUUAGAAAAAAAAGAGAGUUUGCAACAAAGUGAUGCAGAGGAAGAAGAAAAGGAGGAGGAAGAAGCAGAAGGAAAGGAUGAUGAGCAAGCAGAAGAUGAGGAAGAAGAACUAGAUGAGGAAAUGGAUGAGGGAACUGAUUACGUGAAUAAUUAUUUCGAUAAUGGAGAAGGUUACGAUGAUGAAGACGAUAAUUUAGAUGAUGGGCCGAUUUAUUAAUAUAGUUUCUACAAGAAUCAAAAAUUUCCAUUUCAGAUACUAUUUUAUUUAAAUACCACAAUUUUUUAUCUUAAAAAUUACUUGCUAAGAUCCUUAUCUUUCUGUUUCAAUUUAGGAAAUUUGAUAAUUUUGUGAGAUGUAAUUUUAUCAUAUAUAUAUUAUAUAUAUAUAAGUGCAUAGAAAUAUUUUUAAAUAAAUAGAUCACUUAAAAAAGAUACAAAUUAAU